UCAAUUCAACUCUCAGCCGACAAAAGAAGAACAAACCCACCACUACCGCAUCCUCGCCCAACAAUAUUAACAAAAACGAUGUUAGCAACAAGUCCAUUGAUCUUGGUCACGUUACAAGUUCCGCAAAUGAUAGUAAUAUCGAUAACAUUAGAAACGAUAAGCAACUGAGAAAAUCUUUAAAGAAAUUAAUAAUGGCGCAAACAACAACAUCAUCUCUAUUAGAAUCGCCCUUAGAAUUUGUCGAUAUACUUGAGAAGCCCAGUGUAAAACUUACAGGGUCCGCGCAUCAUUGUUCAAUGUCUGAAAAUAAUUAUACGAAACCGAUUGGCAAUCGCGCAAGCAUUGCCAAUACUCAGGAUACACUAUGGCAUAUAAAAUACACAGCACCACAUGACGGUGGCCAUCUACAUCAUUCCAGCAGUCAAAUCUACAUUGAACGGUCACCAUCUGCAUUCAGUGUGGACUGCGGAAAUACGGGCGGCGAUGAAGUUGGCGAACCGCUAGCGCAAUACGUCGUCGACUAUAUAGGAUAUCCGGUGCCUCCACCACCGCAUAUAAAAUCUGUGACAACAUCCGGCAACCAACAUAGUACAUUUCAGAGCGCAAGUCUCGUCGAAUCAUUGUCAUCGUCAUCAUCCGGCUUAACCGCAGCUGUCUCUGGUGACAAUGGCGGUGACAGAAAUCAAACUCUCGCGCCUCUGGAAGAAAAGACAGUCGACGAUACUCAACAACAACAAACACAACCGCAGCUGGUGCCAUCUCAAUCCGCAAAGCGUUUUAAAACAGUAAAAAAAUCAAAAUACACGCACCAUACUGAUCAACAGCAACAGCAGCAACAUCAACAUCAACAGCAAGAACAACUGGAUUUUAAGUCAAUAUUUGAUUUUUUGAUUAAGAAGCGUUAA